AUGAAGAGAGGAAAAAUUAAGCUCGAGUUCAUUGAGAAUUCAAUUGCAAGAAAAGUAGCAUUAACAAAGAGGGCAACUGCCAUUUCAAAGAAGUCAACUGAACUCGAAAUUCUUUGUGAGGUGAGUAUUGUAUAUGCUUUCUUUAACAUCAAUGAGGUUGAGCCAUUCGAAGUGUUUCCAUCUCUUACAGUCGUGAAGGAUAUUAUGUCUCAUGUAAUGAACAUGACACCUGUUGAACGUACCCAAAAGGCAACGACUCAAGAAGCCUACCUUUCUGAAAGGAUCACUAAAGAUUACUCCAAAUUGGAAACUUUGAAGGAGAAGAACAUCCUAUCUGAAGGUCUAGAAUUCUUGUGCAAACUUUUUGAAGGUAGUAUUGAAUUUAAUCAAAUUGAAGGACGAACUCUUUAUUGCAUGAAUCAAGUUAUAGUUGAAAAGUUUAAGGAUAUUAGAAAUAAAAACCAAUCCCAAAACAUGAAUAGUCAUGCCGAUGAAGACGACAAUGCGCUCGAUGAUGAUGUUCAACUCCAACUUCCUAAUGACGAGGGUAAUACUGUUCCUUAUUUUAAUCCUUCACAAGGAAAUUUUAUUGGUUAUGGUAACUUUGUUUCUGACCUUCCACCAGGCCAAUUUAUUAAUGGUAUUGGUAACAUUAUCGAUUAUGCUUGUCCAUCCCAUCGUACUAAUGUCUAUUAUCCUCCUGCACCCCAACAAGGAGCAGCAAUCUUCAACAACAUGGCUCACUUACCCUGUUCAAUGCAACCAACAUUACAGAUUCAGUAUGACCAAACCAAGGAUGGACCUAGUAAUAAUUGGAUUACAUACAGUGGAUCUUCUAGCAACACUAAUAAUGAUACUCAUCAAUCUAGAUGUGAUUGA